GUGCAUUUCGGGGAGUUGGCCGUUCGCCUCCUGGACGACAGCAAGGAGGACGAGGAGGACGAGGAGGUGCUACGGCUCUUCGUCCACAGCACAGCGCUCACUGCCACCGUGGCCACGGGCCUGGAUUACCGCGGAAAGUCCUCAGCCAACCUCAAGGUUGCAGGCCGAUUGGGUGGCGUGGAGGCCAGCCAUAUGAAGCAGGACGUCAUCAAGAUCCACGCAAGCGGCUCGGAAGUGGGUGCUGCCCAGUUCGCUUUGGAGAACAAGCUGGAGGAGACCUGCAACGUCCUGUCCGUCCUGUUUCACACGGCCCCCCUGGAAGUUUUCUUCAUUCCGAGCAUGGUGCCAAAGCUCCUGGACUUCGUGCAGCCCCCUGAGCCGAUGCUUCCGACGGAGCCGUCGCCCAAGGCGGCCAAGACGCCGAAGACUCCGAAGUCCGACAUGGGCUCACCUGCCAGUGUUCUCAGUCGGGCUGCAGGCAAAGAUUCGGCUGUGCAGCAGCUUCUGGGAAAGGAGGGCGACGUGGGGCAGUAUGCCGACGCCGCCUACGAUCGCGUUCCCGACCAGGUGCACUUCGACGUCCGCCUUGCCUCACCGAAAAUCCACCUGCCCGUUCGUGAUAUCGGCAAG